GUGCACUAGUCGAUGCGCUUUGAACCUGAUAGCCUCCACCUUCAGCAUUCCGCCGGGAGGGAGAGGAGGAGAAAAAAAAAGUGCUGAAGAAGGAACUUGAGAAGCAGGUUCACCUGACGAGGAGAAGAUUAGAAACACAACUCAGGUCUGCUUUUGAAACAAAGAGCGCGACGGAGGGGACACAGCUUUGACCACGACACGGUGUGCGUGUGAGCGCGUGUGAGCGCGUGUGCGUGUGUGUGUGUGUGUGUGCGCGCAUUCUACUCCAAACAAAAGACCGCAUAUUAGCUUUAUUUUAACUUUCACUAUGGGUGUCGGAUUCCCGAAGCCUAUAAAGGAGCUCGGAGCACCUUGUCUGCCAGACAGAUACAGUUGCUUCACCUGUAGCUACACGCUGAAGUGAAGUGCCAAUGUGAGUGGAGUUUGUUGAGUUAAUGGCCCGGGCACAGCGCUUUUUAACACCAUGCCCAGAUCCCUAACACAGCGGAUGAUUAAAGUGCUGCUCUGUUUCACCAUCGUUUAUUUGCGACUCGGGGCCCUUUCCUCUGUGGUGGCCCUGGGUGCCAACAUCAUCUGCAAUAAGAUUCCAGGCCUGGCGCCUCGCCAGCGGGCCAUCUGCCAAAGUCGCCCCGACGCCAUCAUUGUAAUAGGCGAGGGGGCUCAGCUGGGCAUAAACGAGUGUCAGUACCAGUUCCGCUACGGCCGCUGGAAUUGCUCGGCCCUGGGAGAGCGCACCGUCUUUGGCCAGGAACUCCGAGUAGGCAGCAAGGAGGCUGCAUUCACCUAUGCCAUCACCGCUGCCGGAGUGGCCCAUGCGGUGACAGCGGCAUGCAGCCAAGGCAACAUGAGCCACUGUGGCUGCGAUCGUGAGAAACAGGGCUACUACAACCAAGAGGAGGGCUGGAAGUGGGGAGGAUGCUCCGCUGACAUCAAACACGGCAUCGAGUUCUCCCGGAGGUUCGUAGAUGCUCGGGAGAUAAAAAAAAACGCACGCAGACUGAUGAACCUGCACAACAACGAAGCAGGGAGAAAGGUGCUGGAAGAGCGGAUGAAGCUGGAGUGUAAAUGCCAUGGCGUGUCAGGCUCUUGCACCACUAAGACAUGCUGGACGACCCUUCCGAAGUUUAGAGAAAUAGGCUAUGUGCUGAAGGACAAGUACAAUAAAGCGGUCCACGUGGAGGUAGUUCGAGCCACUAGACUACGCCAGCCUACCUUCCUCAAGGUGAAGAAAGUGCACGGCUAUCAAAAACCCGAGGAGACCGAUCUGGUCUACAUCGAGCGUUCGCCUAACUACUGCGAGGAGGACGCUAAGACCGGCAGCGUGGGGACGCAGGGUCGCUUAUGUAACAGAACGUCGGCACAUACGGACGGCUGCGACCUCAUGUGCUGCGAUCGGGGGUACAACACUCACCAGUACACCAAGGUGUGGCAGUGUAACUGCAAGUUUCAGUGGUGCUGCUUUGUCAAAUGCAACACCUGCAGCGAGAGGACGGAGGUGUUCACCUGCAAAUGAGCGAGUGCGUAUCGAGGACAGGGACACUUAGGAGUUCGGCUGGAAGACUUGCUGAAUAAGAGAGAUAUUAUUUUUUAAAUAAAUAUAUAAAAAAAAUACCAGAAACCAAAUGGGAAUUUUUUACGGUCUUCAGCUCUUCACGGCAUCGUUUUGCACAGCAGAAUGUUUCUAUUUGCUUUCCCAUAGAGGUUAAACGCUAACCUCAGUAGGUACCAGUCCAGCUUUUUUUUUUCUUUUUUUUUUUCCAUUUCUUUUGUUUUAAAAUGAGUUUAAACUUCCACAAGCUCAUGCACUGAUCUAUCCAUACUGACUCCAGAGAAAAAGGACUGCCUGAUGCAUGCCAUGCCCUGGACUGACACAUGCGUUCGUUCUGGGGACUGUAUUUUUUUUUUUUUUCCAUUUUGUUUGAUGCUGAUACAUAAAGGACCAAAAAAAAGGAUCCUACGAUCAUUCGGAUAUUAACAGGACCCCUGGGAAACAAAUCAGAAAGGAUUGAUUAAGGUAACCUCACUUAGAAUUUAGGGCUAAAAAAAAAAAAUAAAAAAAGAGACGUUUUAAUCCACGUUCCUAAGCUCUGUAAAGAAGAGAAGGCAGCGCAGCCUGAAUAACUGAGUUGUCGCUACAAGAAACCUCCGACUGCCAACUGGAACUUGGUGGGAUACGUUAGCUGUCCAGUCACACUGGAACUGUAUGUUCGAACACUGAAAUUCUUUAUUUAUGUUAUAGUAUCUUAAAAAAAAAAAAAAAAAAAAAAGAAAAAAAAAGCAAAGCACUAACGGGUAGAAAUGUCUUAUUUUGUACUAAAUGUAAAUAAACAGAGAAAGAUGGGGGACAAAAAAAAUUUGUAUAACCUCCUCACUGACGGUGACUGACAGACAAAAAAAAAAAAAAAGCUCCCAAAUCCUGUGAUAAAUUUUUAUUUUCCUAAAAAAAAAAAAAAAAAAAAGGUUUAUCCAAUAAUAUUAUGUUGACUUCAGAAACCACUCUUUAGCACAGUUUA